AAUGUUGUACUGUAUGGCCUAUAGCGAAGGAACAGGACAUAUGAACAUGAUUUCAGUGUAGAAGACGUCAAUUUGUAGCUGAAUAAAAUCGUUAAAUAUCCGUAGCAACCUGGUGUGUUUUACUUUCAGAUUAUCAUUUCUGGAUACCUAAAUUGAUGAACAUGCCAACUGCUAAGGCACCAACUCAUGGGCCGAGUCAAUCGGCUUAUGUUGAUCGUGAAAAACCGGCGGAGAUUAGACGAAGUAACAUUACUGCUGCGAAAGCUGUUGCAGAUGCUGUCCGUACAAGUUUGGGCCCAAGGGGCAUGGAUAAGAUGAUUCAAGAUGCCAAGGGAGAUGUAACAAUUACCAAUGAUGGUGCCACCAUCUUGAAGCAGAUGCAAGUCCUUCAUCCAGCAGCCAAAAUGCUGGUAGAGCUUUCAAAGGCUCAAGAUGUAGAGGCUGGUGAUGGAACAACGUCUGUUGUGGUAAUUGCUGGGAGUCUUUUGGAGGCAACUGCAAGGCUAUUGGACAAAGGUAUUCAUCCAACCAUUAUAUCCGAGUCCUUCCAAAAUGCAGCAGACAAGGCCUGCGAGAUCCUGGCUGAUAUGUCUGUUCCCGUGAACCUCAACGAGAGAGAGGCUCUUCUUCAAAGCGCCACUACAUCACUCAACUCUAAGGUUGUAUCCCAGUACUCAAAUCUCCUUGCUCCUAUUGCAGUUGAUGCAAUCUUACAAGUCAUAGACCCAUCAACGGCAACCAAUGUUGACCUAACUGACAUCAAAUGUAUCCAGAAAUUAGGGGGUACCAUUGAAGAUACUGAAUUAGUGAAAGGACUUGUUUUCAGUCAAAAGGCAGCAGGCUCUUCUGGCCCACACAAAGUAGAAAAGGCCAAAAUUGGUCUUAUCCAGUUCUGCCUUUCAGCUCCCAAGACAGAUAUGGACAACCAGGUUGUGGUCUCAGAUUAUACCCAGAUGGAUCGUGUGCUAAGAGAGGAAAGGGCUUACAUCCUCAACCUAGUAAAACAGAUCAAGAAGGCUGGCUGUAAUGUACUCCUUAUUCAAAAGUCAAUUCUCAGGGAUGGCUUGAGUGAUUUAGCCCUUCACUUCCUACAGAAGAUGAAGAUCAUGGUGAUAAAGGAUGUGGAGAGGGAAGACAUAGAGUUCAUAUGCAAGGCCAUUGGGUGCAAACCCAUUGCAAGCAUUGACCACUUCACACCUGAAUACCUGGCAUCAGCUGACCUGGUGGAGGAAGUCGUUACAGGUACCAGCAAGGUUGUCAAGAUCACCGGUGCAGCUAAUCCUGGUAAGACCAUGACUGUCUUGGUUAGAGGAUCCAACAAGCUUGUCCUACAAGAGGCAGAACGCUCUAUCCAUGACGCUCUCUGUGUCAUCAGGUGUCUUGUAAAGAAAAGGGCUCUGAUAGCUGGCGGAGGGGCACCCGAGAUCGAGAUCUCUCACCGCAUGACGGAGUACAGCAACAGUCUGAGUGGCAUGGAGGCUUAUUGCUUCCGAGCCUUCGCCCAGGCCAUGGAGGUCAUCCCGUCUACGCUGGCUGAGAAUGCCGGGCUGAAUCCCAUCAGUGUUGUGACGGAGCUGAGGAACAGGCAUGCCCAGGGAGAAAAGACUGCUGGUAUCAAUGUCAGAAAGGGUGCAAUCACUAAUAUCCUUGAGGAGAAUGUUAUCCAGCCUCUGCUUGUAUCAACCAGUGCAAUCCAGCUGGCUUCAGAGACAGUGAGGAGUAUCAUGAAGAUUGAUGACAUUGUCAAUGCUCGAUAACCUUUGGCAGUACAGUAGUUUGUGAACCAGUAUCUAUGUGAAUGUAGCUGAGUGGAGUCUUGUGACAGCACUGUUUAAAUAAAUAUAUACUUACACGUUUGUGCUCCAUAAUAUUGUGAGCAAACUCGGAAUCCCCUUUCCAUCAAAUAGAUAACUGAUCUAGCAGACCAUUUCAUGAAAAAAUAGGGUCUGUGCAGUGACUUCACUGACUUGUUAUAAGCUACCGAAAUCCUUGCAUCUGAUUGGCUCAGAGCAAAUUUGUUUGUGAAAAUCUCUGUUUGUUUCAUGAAAUGCUCCCCAAGGGUUUAUGAACACGCCAUAAACAGAGGAAACUUAGAACAGAUUGUGUUUUGAAGUAAAAUGAGUCAAUCUAUCAACAUUCCUUUUGUGAGAGCAUCAUGCUCUUAUCAUCUGAGAGCAAUAUAGGCUUAAGUAGAAAUCAUUUUGAUGAAAGAGUUAGGUGUUAGAACAAACAUAUUUCUUGCAUGACACAAGAAAAAAGAAUGGGACAUAAACUCUGAAAAUGUGGGGUACUGGCCACUCUUUUCUUUCACCUGUACUACACUUUAAAAUGAAAGCUAUAUGACACAAUGUUAUUGUGUUCCAGUCACUGAUUGCUCAGAUGGCUUGGCAAUGAUGCCAUCAAACUGAACACCCUAGUGAAUGGUG